CGCUGUCUACGACGCAUCCGUGCCUCUGUCAGACGUGGUGAGCUCGGCGUGUUCGACAGCGAGCUCGGCACACACCCCGCCGUUGUCCGUGCGAUGGCCGAACCCCCGGCCAUCUAUAGAUCCUCACCCAUCCGUCCCCAUCACCCGUCCCUGCUGCUGCUCCCGCUGCCUUCAUUACCCCACAUGCCAAAUCUUCGCCCAUGUUGGCGGCAAUCCGCAAGCUGCAGAGGCAGCUGGAGAGCUAGCGCAUGAGCCACAAAGGGGCGAUGCAGGCAUACACAAAGGAGCGUGACACCUCGAAGAGCAUGCUCGCGCGCACCAGGGACGGCGCCAGUGCGGAACCGUAUGUCAACGGAACUGGGAGCUGGAUUGGGAGUAGGGGUGUGAAUGGCGCAGCGGAGAGCGUCACGUCGGAGCUGCAGGAGGUCGUACCAGAGUUGGAGCUGGCGGAGAUCUAGAGCUAGUUCGAUACAUAUAAGAUGGAGAUGGGGGUCGACAGCGUGCGGGUGCGCAAUGAGCUCGUGAAGUUGCAGUGGGAGAACGGGCAGCUCGGGGCGUUGCUCGCCAAGGCUAACCCAAAGAUCGAGUACACGGUGGAGCGUCACAAGAUGGCGCUGGAGCAGUAUGCAAACCAGGCGGAGGACUUGCGGGAUGAGUGUCUGGCUGUAGGAGCUGCACGAUAAGUACGCG